AUGGCAUCGGACGCAGCGAUCUCGCCACCUAUGCUGUGCGGGCCCCCACCUAUGCUGGGCGGGCCCCCACCUACUGGCACACGCAGCUGCAGGCGCUCCUUCGUGUGCAUGCAGCCGCAGACCGCCCAAACCAAACCCGCGGGCCACUGGAGGAGCACCUGGGGGAGGCACACGCAGAGCACAGCUGGCAAGCAAACCUCCGUCGCCGCGCCGCGCCGCGCCGCGCAGUCACUUUUCCGCGCUCUCGGCCUCCUUCGGCGGGCCGACUAUAAAUGCCGCCUCCCUCCCCCUCCUCCCGAUCGCAGUCUCCCGCUCAGCCGUUACAGCCACCCACAGAGAAGAAGCGCGAAACCACCACUCUGCUUGCUGUACGCGCACACAGAGAGGAAGAAAGUGGGAAGAGGGAUCGAUCCGCGUGCUCCAUCGUUCGUCAUGAGGCCGAUCAGAGCGGGCGAGGCGAUGGUGGCGGUCGGCCACGGCGCGCACCCGGCCUUCUGGAGGACGCCGACGCCGUACCUCCUCCUCGGCUUCGCGCUCAUGAUGGGGAUCAUCGCCGUGGCGCUGCUCGUGCUCGUCUGCACGGACAGCAAGCCGUCCGGGUCGUCGUCGCGGCGGGGGAGCGCCGGCGAGGACGCGUCGGCGCGCGGGAUGGCGCCGCUCGACAGGGAGCCCAAGGUCGUCGUCAUCAUGGCCGGCGACGACUUGCCGUCCUUCCUCGCCAGCGCCAGGCCGUUCGCCUUCCCCGCCGUGACCGCCGCCGACGCGGGGGAGCCGCGCGGGGAGGACGCGUCGUAGGCGCGGCGCGCGCACCCGUGUACCCUCUGCCGGACGCGGGCCCAAUUUUGGUCGUCGGAUUUUCUCCUAGGAUUUUCCCCGCGUGUUCUGUCUGUAGAAUCUAAUUAGCAGAGAAGAUAGAGCUGUUGUUUGCGUUCUUGGUGAGGUGAGCGGCGCGCCGGCGGCGUGCGUUGAGAUCUGUGAACGCAAAUGGAAUUUUGGCCUGCAUAUUCAAUAAAUGCAUGACGCUCGCUUUGCUGCUC